ACACUACCCACACCAACGAUGCAGAUGAUAGAUGAAUCGCCAUCAUUCAGCGCCAGUAAACGUAGCAGCGCUGCCCUCCAGCUCACGUACGGCCACUGCUCCCCCCCAUCACUCCUCUUCACUCCACUCCGACACCGGGCAGGCCGCAGCUGCCACCUUACUAAAGCUCGAGCAGAGCGUGGCCUGAGCCUCGGCUCGUCGUUGGCACGCACCACACCUUUCCUCCGGCUAGCUGAUACCGGGCGGGACACUAGCUUGCGCACUCGCAAUCCAUGGAGCCCCAGUGGCUACUCCGUCUCGCCUUCCUGUCCUGCCUGUGCCUGCAGCUGCUCCUCGGCGCGUCCUACUACCUGCAGGAGAGGAAGAACUACAUCGUGCACCUGGACCCAAGGGGUGCCAGCCCCGCCGUCGAUUCCGUCGAGGAGUGGCACCGGUCGUUCCUGCCACAACAGGCGGCUGCGCUCGACUCGGAGGAAGGAGACGACGGCCCGCGCAUCAUAUACUCCUACACCGAUGUGUUCACGGGCUUCGCGGCGCGUCUGACGGACUCGGAGGCCGAGGCGCUGAGGGCCACGCCGGGGUGCCUCAGGCUGUACCCGGAGGUGUUCCUGCCGCUGGCGACCACCCGCUCGCCGGGCUUCCUCGGGCUCCACCUCGGGAACGAGGGCUUCUGGAGCCGCUCCGGGUUCGGCCGCGGGGUGGUCAUCGGGAUCUUGGACACCGGGAUACUUCCCAGCCACCCCUCCUUCGGGGACGACGGGCUCGACCCGCCGCCCAAGACUUGGAAUGGCACGUGCGAGUUCAAGGCCAUCGCCGGAGGAGGCUGCAACAACAAGAUCGUCGGGGCGCGCGCCUUCGGCAGCGCGGCCGUCAACUCGUCGGCGCCGCCGGUCGACGACGCCGGCCACGGCACGCACACUGCGAGCACGGCGGCCGGCAGCUUCGUCGAGAACGCCAACGUCCGGGGUAACGCCGACGGCACGGCCUCCGGGAUGGCGCCGCACGCGCACCUGGCGAUCUACAAGGUGUGCACGCGCAGCCGCUGCUCCAUCAUGGACAUCAUCGCCGGGCUGGAUGCCGCCGUGAAGGAUGGCGUCGACGUGCUGUCGUUCUCCAUCGGCGCUUCGUCGUCCGGCACGCAGUUCAACUACGACCCCGUCGCCAUCGCCGCGUUCAAGGCCAUGGAGCGGGGGAUCGUCGUCAGCUGCGCGGCGGGCAACGCCGGGCCGGAGCCCGGGUCAGUCGGCAACGGUGCGCCGUGGAUGCUCACCGUCGCCGCCGGCACGAUGGACCGCGCGAUACGCACCACCGUAAGGCUCGGCAACGGCGAGGUGUUCGACGGCGAGUCGCUGUACCAGCCGGGGACGAACAACUCCGCCGCGGAGCCGCUCCCGCUCGUCUUCCCCGGCGCCGACGGCUCCGAGACGAGCCGCGACUGCAGCGUGCUGCGCGGCGCCGAGGUGGGCGGCAAGGUGGUGCUCUGCGAGAGCAGGGGGCUCAACGGCCGCGUCGAAGCCGGCCAGACCGUGGCGGCGUACGGCGGCGCGGGCAUGAUCGUGAUGAACAGAGCGGCCGAUGGGUACACAACCUUCGCCGACCCGCACGUGCUCCCAGCGUCGCACGUGAGCCACGACGCCGGGACAAAAAUUGUCGCCUACUUGAACUCCACGGCCAACCCAAUGGCGAGCAUCGCGUUCAAGGGCACGGUGAUUGGCUCUUCCCCGUCGCCGGCCGUCACCUUCUUCUCGUCCCGAGGUCCGAGCAAGGCCAGCCCGGGAAUCCUGAAGCCGGACAUCACGGGGCCCGGCAUGAACAUCCUGGCCGCGUGGGCGCCGAGCGAAUCGCACCCAGAGUUCUCCGACGGCGGCGUGAGCCUCUCCUUCUUCGUCGAGUCCGGCACGUCCAUGUCGACGCCGCACCUGAGCGGCAUCGCCGCCCUCCUCAAAAGCCUCCACCCGAGCUGGUCCCCGGCGGCGAUCAAGUCGGCGAUCAUGACAAGCUCAGACGCCGUGGACCGCACCGGGGUGCCACUCAAGGACGAGCAGUACCGCCACGCCACCUUCUACGCCAUGGGCGCCGGCUACGUGAACCCGGCGCUCGCCGUCGACCCGGGCCUCGUCUACGACCUACACGCCGACGACUACCUCCCCUACCUCUGCGGCCUGGGCAUCGGCGACGAUGGCGCCACAGAGAUCGCGCACCGCCCUGUCGCCUGCGGCAGCCUCCGGCCCACCACGGAGGCAGAGCUCAACUACCCGUCGCUCGUCGUCAACCUCCUGGCGCAGCCCAUCACGGUGACCCGCACGGUGACCAACGUCGGGAGGCCCAGCUCCGUGUACGCGGCCGUCGUGGACAUGCCCGAGGACGUGUCGGUGACGGUUAACCCGCCGAUGCUGCGGUUCAUGGAGCUCGAUGAGAAGCAGAGCUUCACGGUGACGGUACGGUGGGCCGGGCAGCCCAGCGUCGCCGGCGCCGAGGGCAACCUCAGGUGGGUUUCCGACGACCACAUCGUCAGGAGCCCCAUCGUGAUUCCAGCCAAGGUCGCGUAGUAAUUUUGGGACGGUGUUAUGUCUGUAUAGCUAGAAGCCUAGAACCAUGUCCAGAUGUCCUCGCAAAAAAAGAAGCAGCCUAGAACCGUUAGUACGCCGCGAACGAGCUUGGAGCUCCGAGCAGCUCAGCCACAGUAUGCACGCAAUCUCGGCGGCAAUUUUGUUCUGUAAAUAGCCCAAAUUAAUAAAACUACGUGUCGAGAAACGUUUCUGUUAGUUUGCAUGACUAACUGUCAAACAUUGGGGACGAGUAAUCAACUUCCAGUGUGUUCAGCGGCAACAUACACGAGCUGGAGCUUUCUUCAGAUGCCUUUCUCGUUGGUACUAUGGCAAAGGCAAAGUAAUGAUACGAUGCUAGUGGAAACAGUCAUUAGUGGAUGGCAGAGCAGGUACAUAUUUCCAGCUUGUUAAUUGUACUACCAACUUAAGCAAGCAACAGAGAAGAGGGAGUACAUCUGUUAAUCUGUAA